CAGGAGGAAAUAGUAGUUGAACGCAACUGUUUUUAUGUUUAAAAUUAGAAAACAUAUCUAUGAAACACAUUUUAAACUAUUUUAAACAAUUUCGGGCUAGUUAUUCUAAGAAUUUUAUUGUGUUACGCUAUGAAAAAGCGCAAUUGAAAGUUAAAAAAGCUGUUCGAAUUAUCUACAAAUCUAAGGAUUAAAUAAUUGCAGAUAAAAAUGUCAAAACGUAAGGGUGUUUCUGCUGAAGAAAAGAGAACCCGAAUGCUCCAACUUUUCUAUGAAAAAAAGGAGUUCUUUCAGUUGAAAGACCUAGAAAAAAUAGCCCCCAAAGAGAAGGGAAUAAUUGCCAAUUCUGUAAAAGACAUUGUGCAGAAUCUUGUUGAUGAUGGUCUUGUUGACACUGAUAAAAUAGGUUCCUCUAUAUAUUACUGGGCAUUUCCAAGUAAAGCAAAAAUUGCAAAAAACGAAAAGUUACAACAACUGAAGGCAACUCUUGACAGUUAUUCAAAGAAACUCAAAAGUUCAGAGGAAACAUUACAGAAUCUGAGAAAUGACAGAGAAGACUCUGCUGAAAGAAAUAAACUUUUAGAAAAGGUGACUGAUUUACAAAUCGAAUAUGAUCAACUCACAAAACAAUUAAAAAUGUACCAAGACAAUGAUCCAAAGGUUUUAGAAAGAAAAAGGGACGAAACACAAAAAUUGAAAGACGCUGCGAACCGUUGGACUGAUAACGUAUUUUCAGUAAAAACGUGGUGCAAAAACAAAUUUAACAUCGAAGAAGGGGUGAUGAACAAGCAAUUCAAAAUACCAAGUGAUUUCGAUUAUAUUAAUUAAAAAGUUAGGUUAAGCGCACUUCGAAAUUACUUUAUCCGUCAAUAAAGUGUUAAAAAUGUAUAAAAGUUUG